GGGAAUUCUACGUGAAGACACAAUGAAAUCAAGCAUAACUUAAAAGGCUGUCACUCUCCGCUGUCGUAAGACAGUAAUACUAGGUAACAUCUUAUGACUUUCUCAGCGCAUCAAUCACCUACUUGUCUAGAAUAAUUCCAGGGUUAUAUCGUGGUGACAGCGGUUAGCUAAGACUUUAGUAUGCAGCUAGACGAAGCGGUGAUAUCACAUCUACCUUUGGGGUGUGAGGUGAUCAGUGUCAAUCCCAAAGGCCUUAGUGAGAACUGCGAUACUACAGAGAUUGAGAUUCGGCUAGAAGACGGUUCCAUUGAACGGUACUUCGAAAAGUCGUCUACGGGGCAGCAUGGAUUCGAGCUGAUGCGAGCUCACUACGAAUCGGAAACGAGCCUCUAUCGUUUCAUUCCAGAAAACUUGCCUCCGCCAAUCGCGUUAAUUCAGUAUAAAUCCGAUCCAGAUCGUCAUUCGUUUCUUAUGAAGUUUGUCGAUAUGGUGGAUGAUGAGCUACCUGACCCAGCGCCAUUCAUGGAAACUAUAGCAACUCUUCAUCGUAAGAGCGCAGGGAAAUCGCCGACCGGGAGGUUCGGGUUUUCCGUCGACACUAAAUUUGCCCAUUUGGCAACACCUAACUUCUGGGAUGAUUCUUGGGAGUCCUGGUGGACACGACACAUGAAGAUGGUCUUGGAGCGCGAACUCCAGGAGCGCGGAACCCGAACCCAAGAGGAAGACGACUUGGUGGACUUCUAUCUUACCAAAGCUAUUCCUCGCUACAUUCGGCCGCUCGAGAGUGAUGGUCGGUCAAUUCAACCAACACUUCUACAUACAGAUCUUUGGCCUGGUAAUGUGAAAUUCAAACCUGACUACGAGACUGUGUGUAUCUUCGACGCAAACGCAAUGUGGGGACACAACGAGAUGGAACUCGGGCUAGUCGCGAAUCCUCGAUAUCCACUUGGAAAAGCAUAUAUUGAAGAAUACCGUAAGCGUAUUCUUCCUUCAGCGCCCGAGCAAGACGCGGAUAGUCGUGUCAUUAUGUACAUGAUACGCCAUCAGGCUUGCCUGGCAAGCGUGUACCCGGAUGACGUGAAGUUACGGGAAAUUUGGAUUGAAAAUGUCCGCAUUCUUUUGGAACAGUACCUUCUCGAAGAGCGGAUUAAAGCUAAUACGGAAGCUAUUAAAGCAAACCAGUCAAUUCAGACAAUGGAUCAGGACUCAAAUUCAAGUCCAGUAGUACUAGUUACAACACCUGGUGCGUUAGCCACUCAAAUUUAGAUAGCAGUACGCGAGCACUUUCGAGCAAUUUCGGUACCAAAUCAAUUAUAUCACGAGACUUCUAUAUGGAACACGAUAUAGGGUAGAUUUGCUAACAGUGUCCUGAAAUUGGCUAUCUUCAAGUUCUGUGUCGACGAAGUUGGAUCACGGGUGGAAUACUCGUUGCGUUUCCCACGUUAACGUUUUUAUAUCUUCAAUGAAAUAGAUUUAAAUUUCCUCUAUCUAGCAAAUUGUCAGUUUAAAGCAUGAUCACUUUGGUCUCAGGCACACCUUUGCCAUUAAUCUACUAAUUGUCUAUA